AUGGCGGCCCCCGCCCGGCCCCGGGCCGCCUCGCCCGCCCUGCUGGCGCUGGCCGUGGCCCUCUGCGCCCUGGGCCCCGCCCGCGCCUCCAACCCGCUGGCCCCGGCCGCGCCCGCCCCGGACUGCGCCGCCAAAGGCAAGGCGGGCGCCAACUGCUCCUCAGAAUUAAAUGUAAAAGAAUCAGAUGCGAGAGUGUGCGAUCAAUCAUCGUGUAAAUAUGGAGGUGUCUGUAAGGAAGAAGGAGAGAGUUUGAAAUGUGCGUGCCAAUUUCAGUGUCACACAAAUUAUAUUCCCGUUUGUGGCUCAAAUGGAGACACUUACCAAAACGAAUGCUUCCUCAGGAGAGCUGCUUGCAAGCAUCAGAAGGAGAUAGCAGUCGUUGCAAGGGGACCUUGUUAUUCUGAUAAUGGCUCUGGAUCAGGAGAAGGGGAGUAUGAAGGAUCAGGAACAGAAGUUCACAGGAAACAUUCCAAGUGUGGCGUUUGCAAAUAUAGGGCAGAAUGUGACGAAGAUGCAGAAAAUGUUGGGUGUGUAUGCAACAUAGACUGUAGUGGGUACAGUUUUAACCCCGUCUGCGCAUCCGACGGAAGUUCCUACAACAACCCCUGUUUUGUUCGAGAAGCAUCUUGUCUGAGACAGGAGCAGAUCGAUAUCAGACACCUUGGACAUUGCUCAGAAUCCGAUGACUCUGGCUCAUUGGGGAAGAAGGAUGAUGGCAUGCAGUAUCGGCCAGAUGUGAAAGAUGCAAGUGAUCAAAGAGAAGACAUCUAUAUUGGAAACCACAUUCCUUGCUCAGAAAGCUUCAAUGGCUAUUGCAUCCACGGGAAAUGUGAAUUCAUUUAUUCUACGCAGAAAGCUUCCUGCCGAUGUGAAUCUGGGUACACGGGACAGCAUUGUGAAAAGACGGACUUUAGCAUACUUUAUGUUGUCCCUAGUCGGCAAAAGCUCACACAUGUCCUCAUUGCUGCAAUAAUUGGAGCAGUCCAGAUUGCCAUUAUUGUCGCCAUUGUCAUGUGUAUAACCCGGAAAUGCCCAAAAAACAACAGAGGACGGCGGCAGAAGCAAAAUUUAGGCCACUUUACUUCAGAUACGUCAUCCAGGAUGGUUUAGCUUGAUUUUUAUACCCACAUUGACCAUGUGAUGUACAAUUUUAUUAUCUUUUUUUAAAAGAAAGGAAAUAUUUAUUUCAGAGGCCUUAUUUUUGGACUUUUUUUUUUAGUGUAACUGUGCUUUUGUUUUAUUCCAAAAGCAGCUGAAGCUGUGGACAGCUCUAGUAAUUUCUCAUUUCACAAUUUGGAGAAUACCGUAGUUUGAUUUUCCUAUACUUGUAUCACAUGGUUAUAAUAGACUCGUGCUUUACUCUUGGAAUGUAACAUUUUUUGGAGAACAGAGACAUUUCACCAGUGGUUGUAGAACAAACAAAUGGAACUGGUCGCGUUUCCUAGCAAACCAGGCAUGACCUAAGGGGUAAAGAUGUUUACAGCCAACUUUUCUUACAAGGAACUAGAAGACACUGUGUUUAAAUACCGUAGAUAUUUAAAUGUUUUUGGAAGUUAGUAAAUGGUUUUUUUAGACACUGCCAAUUGCAUGAAAUGUGAAGAUGUGUACUUGUGUGUAGUUGUAACAUAUUUAUAACAUGUACGGACUGGGUCGAAGCACCACUGUCUUCGUAAAUAUUUGACACUUUAUUUUUUAAUUGUAAAAAAAGUUAAUAAUAAUACGCAUUUCAUAAUUGGGAAGAUUGCUCAGUAAAGCAGAGGCCGUUUGUCCUACAGAAACAGGUCUUGAUUAGACUUCUGUAUUAUUAUUUUUUAGAGUUACGUUGAAAAAUCAAACUCAUGAUUGAUCGCUGUUUAAAAUGCUUUCAUAACUUAUUACAGUUUUCUAAAGAGGAUACCCGUUUUCACAUCAGCAAAUACAAAUUGUAUAGUCUUUGUGAUUAAAAUGCAAAACGAAACAAAAAAGAAGGAAAAAUUAUUAAAUGCCAUUAAAGAUUUGCGCUCUUGUCUAGACUAUUUUCAAGAGCUAAGAACACGUCUCAUUCAAAUACCGUCUUCUGGUUGUAGGUAUUAUAUUAAUAGAAUGUUAGUAGUUGUUUGGAAGAUGCAGAGCUAAAAUGUAACUAGGGUGUGUUCCAGCCGUUCAGCCUGUAGUUUUAGGCCUUUCUAAUUCUGCAUGUAGGAUUGAAUAAUUUGUUCAAUAAAAAGGCUUUCAAUA